UCCGAUUCGGAUGACAGUUGUGUAGUUACUUGUGAGUUACUUGUGUGUGGGAAAAAUUAGAAAAUUAUGAAGUAAAAGUAUUUUCCAAAUUAUCGUGCUUAAAUGACAGCUGGAAAAGAAACCAUGGGGGAACAACCGAUCUUCACGUGCAAGGCGCACGUGUUCCACAUAGACCCGAAGACGAAGCGGUCGUGGAUGUCGGCGAGCUCGGCCGCCGUCUCCGUCUCCUUCUUCUACGACUCUUCGCGCAACCUCUACCGCAUCAUCAGCGUCGAGGGGACCAAGGCGGUGAUCAACAGCACGAUCACGGCGAACAUGACGUUCACGAAGACGUCGCAGAAGUUCGGGCAGUGGAGCGACGUGCGCGCCAACACCGUCUACGGUCUGGGCUUCGCGUCCGAGGCCGAGCUGGGCAAGGUACAGUCGACUGUCACUAAACAUGCUAAGUUUGGACAGUGGAGCGACGUGCGUGCCAACACCGUCUACGGUCUGGGCUUCGCGUCCGAGGCCGAGCUGGGCAAGUUCAUAGAGAAAUUCCAAGAGGUGAAGGAGGCGAUCCAGGCGCAGGCGUGCGGCGCGGCGAAGAGCAACGGGUCCGGCGCCGCCACGCCCGUCGCGUCCGCCACCGCCAGCCCGCUGCUCGCCGCGCGCGCGCCCGCCGCCGACGACGCGCCCGCACUCUCGCCCGCACAGCCCAAAGCGGAAAACGAUGAGAUGAUGGUCCAUCAGAGAGCUCACUCUGUCUCGUCUACACUACAGGGUGGUGGGUACGCGACAGUAGGUCGGGCGCCGCGCGGGCCUCCGCCGCCGGCCGGGCCGCCUGACGCCCCGCCGGACAGCGCCGAACAGCUGCGUUACGAAAACGACCGCUUGAAACUGGCGCUGGCACAGAGCUCAGCGAACGCCAAGAAGUGGGAGGUGGAGCUGGCGACGCUGAAGAGCAACAACCUGCGGCUGACGGCGGCGCUGCAGGAGAGCACCGCCAACGUCGACGAGUGGAAGCGCCAGCUGCACCAGUACCGCGAGGAGGUGGCGCGCGCCAGACACUACGCCACCGGGAAAGGUGGUGACGCAAGCGAGGUGGAGCAGCUGAGACAGCGCGUGGCGCAGCUGGAGGCCGAGCUGGCGCAGAAGAACGAGGAGCUGGCGCAGAUCACCAAGUCCAAGCGCAGCGAGCAGGACGCCGAAGCUAAGCUGGCUCAGAGUCAGCUGGAGCUGGCGCUGGCGGCGGCGGACGGCCAGCGGCAGGUGGUGCAGGCGCUCAACGACCAGCUCGCGCGCCAGAUUGAUGAGCUCUCGACGAUCCACCGCGAGAUCAGCACGGCGCUGCAGACAUGAGGCGCGGCGGCGGCGGGGGGCGGGG